GCCCAAAUAAGCAGGAGCGGUGACGCGCCCCAGCUUGAACACCGUUUUUUUUUUUUUUUCCACACACAAAUCCGACAGAGUCGCAGGCACAAAGUCGCCAUGAGGACCAUCGGGGUUUUCGUCGUUGUCCUGCUAGCGUCGGUGCACAUCUUCACGCCAGUGUCAUCAGAUGGAAGUGUGGACACCCGGCAGACAGCGAGUCCGACGACGCUCAAAGCGAUGCCAAAAAGCCACACGGCACUGACGGCUUCCGCAGCGCCGAUGAGCCGAGCGCCGACGCGCCGCGCGCCGACGAGCCGCGCGUCCGCGGCGCCGACUCCGGCAGAAGCCAGCAGAAAACCCGACGAGAGCGCGAAAACGGUCCGGAUGACGGCGGCGACCACGGCGGCGACCACGGCCGCGGCGACCACGGCCUCGCCGACGCAGCCCGGCGUGACGUCCGUUUCGCCGGCAGCCGCGUCAACAGAAGCUGCGGCAAGUAACGGCACCUUGCCGAGGAUCGCCGGCUCCCAGACGGCCGACGUGAGCGACCAGACUCUCGUAGGGCCAAGCGCCAGCGAGGCCGCCUCGCCGCCAUCCGCAGUGACGCCGCGGAUGGAGACGGUCCCGACCACGGAGAAAAGCCCCGGUCCUCAGGUCGGCGGCGGUGACAAAGACGCCGCCGAAGCAGGUAAGGCGCCGGGCCGAACCGGGCCGAACCGGCGGCAGACGGGCUCACGGGGAGCUUGCUGCCUCUUUUCAGCGACAGACAAAAGACUUUGGUGGAUUGUGUUGCCCGUCCUGCUGGUCGCCUCCGCCGCCUUCAUCAUCCUCAAGUUCAAAUGCAAGAAGAUCCACGACCACACGGAGACUUUUGAUACCGGAACUGAAAACGCGUCCUUCCAGAGCCGCCCGGAAAGCACCAAAGACGGCGUCAUGCUUCUCGGCGUCAAGUCGUCGGACGGCGAGGAGAACGCGGCGAGAUGAAGCCGAGAGGCCGAGCCGGCGCGGAGACGGAGCUCAGCCGUGGCCCCGAGUGACCUUUUCAAGUCGACGAUGCGACGGCCCGUCCGCUCACGAUCGGCAGGGAGCUCGUGCCGACAGUCCGAAAAAACAACAGAACCAAACUAUUAUUGCUCUUAUAUGAAGUUAUUGAGUGACGUGUCAACAAAUGGAAUCGGAUCGUCAACGGAACCGAUGCCUUCAUUGUUUACUCAAGACCAUGCGGUUUAUUUCUUGUAUCAUUUUAUUUUUUUUUUUUUGCUUUAUAGAUGACAGUGCUAUUAUUUUGUAACUGAAUUCGCACGAGUUGUCAAGAAAAUAGAUGAUAUGAAUAUUGGGCAGUGUUGCAUUUCGAAUGCUUGGCGUUUGUGCAAGUGGAUUUCAAGGCUCGGAAUGAACCGUCCUCCAAUAAACUUGACCCUCUUUC